AUGUCCUACCUCCCCAGGGAGUACUACAAGAUCCCCCACGACAUCGAGCGCUACAACCAAUCUCGGCAAGCCCACCGUUCAAUGCCAAGAACGAGAUCGCAAGGGCUUGCGCCCCCGGCCCCCAAGGUUGAAGAGGUGCGUGGACAAAACUUUGAAGUUGGCCCACGCUACCACACCUUGAAGUACAUCGGCGAGGGCGCGUAUGGCAUGGUCGUCUCGGCGACCGAUGCGAUCACCCAGCGCAGCGUGGCAAUCAAAAAGAUGUCACCAUUCGGCCAUCAGACGUUCUGCCAAAGGACGCUGCGCGAGAUCAAGAUCCUUUGCCACUUCAACCAUGAAAACGUGAUCAACAUUCAAGAGAUCAUCAGAGCCGCCAACAUCAACGAGAUGAAGGACAUAUACAUUGUGCAAUCGCUGAUGGAGACCGACCUCUACAAACUUCUCAAGUCACAAGCCCUCAGUCGCGAGCAUAUCUGCUACUUCACCUACCAAAUUCUGCGUGGCUUGAAGUAUAUACACUCUGCAAAUGUCAUCCAUCGCGACCUGAAGCCCUCAAAUCUCUUGCUCAACACAACAUGCGAUCUCAAGAUAUGCGACUUUGGCCUUGCUCGUGUCGCAGACCCGACCUCAAACUUGUGCGGCUUUUUAACAGAAUAUGUGGCAACCCGGUUCCCCGGCAAACACUACCUGGACCAACUGACUCUCAUCCUUGACGUGCUUGGGUCGCCAUCUCGCGAAGAUUUGGCAUACAUCACGAACGACAAAGCCCGCUCAUAUCUGAUGGCAUUACCAUUCAAGCCGAAGCAGCCCUGGCGUCACGUAUUUCCAUCUGCAGAAGACUCGGCUCUCGAUUUGUUAGAAAAUUUGCUCGCCUUCAACCCCAACAAGCGCUUCGAUGUGGAGUCGGCCCUCAUGCACCCAUACCUCGCCCGUUACAAUGACCCAGACGAUGAGCCAACUUGCGAUAUUCCGUUCGGGGACGAGAUGGGUUUCGAUGAAAUGCCGAAGGAGGAAUUGAAGCAGCUGAUUUUCGAAGAAAUCGAAGCCUUCCACCGCCGCCAA